GCUGGAUCCAGAUGAUGAGGAGGGAAGCGAAGCGAAGAGCCUCGGGCAGUGCAGGUGAUGCUGGCCUCCUGCAAUCAAGCCUUUGCUUGGUGCAUGUACUUCGGCUGCAAGUGGAUGCUGGCCACCCGCGAGUUCCAAGACGCCUCAGAGGACAAGAUGCUGCUGCAGCUGGAGCUCGCCACCUUGGUGUCCCUGCUGGCUUUCUUCGCCAUCUGGGUCCUCGAUAAGCUCGCGGAUCUGGACGCCACGGGCGACGAAGUGGAUCACGCCAUCAUCCAGGUCAUCGGAGGCUUCUCCAUCCUGGUGGGUUUCGCAUGGGAGCAGUGCUUCGAUAGGGCCAUUGAGGUGAUCGCCGCGGACCAGCAGCGCUACAACCUGGUGCCGCCCAUGAUCACCAAGCUGGUGCUGGCCGCGGCCUGCAUUUGCAUCAUCAUCCCCGCCUGGAGGAAAUGGAUCCUGCCCAUGGUGCUGCGGGAGGGCUGGCGCUUCGGCUUCGUGAUCGAUGGCAGCGACGCGAGAUGGAGAAAAGUCUUCAAGAGCAAGCGGUGGCACUGGCUGAUGCACAGAUACGGGAUACAGACGGUUGGUUUCAAGAAGCCGUCCAUGAAAGAGGCAGCAAUGAAGAGGGAAAAGAACCCGGGCCACGCCUUCCAAAAGCGUCGCAAUGAGAAGGGCCUGUUCAAGAUCCUGCAGAGGGAGAGGAUUCUCCAGAUCGGAUGUGACGAAGAGAACAUGCUCAGUCCCAAUGCUCGCACGGGGAACAGACCCACAUUGAUGUACGGCAACGGAGGCCUUGCCUCACCGCUGCUGCAGAAGAACCAUCCCGAGCUGGGUGCGGUGAAAGAAGCCAUCAGCGCCCUAAAGAAGCAGCUUCAGCAACUCAGUGAGGAGGAGCGCUGUGAUGCUACACAUUACAGGCAACAAAUGGGCUCGCUGAGCGAGGAGAUCGCCAAGUUAUCCACCUGGACGGCGGAGCUUGGCCUGGGCUUGUGAGCCGAAUGGAAAUUCCUCGAUGCUUGAGCCGAGAUUGGGAGCCGUGAGAAGGCGUCAAUUCGGGUGUGUUCCACUUGGGCAACCCCUGUAGCAUGGAAUGCAAACACAAGUGCGAACAUGGUCCGUGG